CUCUCAUGGGGACCAUAGGCAGGCUGGGGGAACGCAUAUUAAUGUUAAAAAACCUCUGCCUCUAUAGAUCCGGGCUAACUAUUUCCCCCUGCUUCCAGUCUUUAUGCUAAGCUAGGCUAACCCUGUCCUGACUCCAGCUCUGCUUAACACACAGACAUGACAUUGAUAUUGAUUUUCUCAUCUCAUUCAUGGAGGAAAACUAUUUAUUUCCCAAAAUGUAGAGUGAUUGCUUUAAUAAGCAACAAUAUGUGUCCCUGAGGGAGUUAUGAUUAAUUUCUCAACAAGCUGAUCGGUUGGUUGGUUUACACAUUUUCAUCAGAUCCUAUGAACUGAACCAGUUCCAUAUAAGGUGAAGUUAAAAACAAGUUGGCUAAAGCACAAAUCUGAUCUUUUCAACUCAGUCCAUGUUCCAAAUUGUAGGUUAUUCCAAGUCUUGCCCUGCAUUGUUCUCCAGAACCACAAUAAAUCUGAUUUGGGACACAGGUCCCAGGAGAUCUGUUGAGAGUGUAGUGCAAAAGUGCCACAGUCAAGGGCGUAACUUUGGGUUCAACAUUGAACUCGAAGACUUUUUUAAAAUGGCCCUAAAAAAUGUGAAAAAGGAGACAACCCCCUCAUCCCCCACCUUAAUUACGCCUAUGGCCACAGUAAUGAAUGUGUAGCACUAGAAACCAAACUAAUACUGAUGUCUUUCAGGCCUACAUCAGUACGCAACUGUUCCUCUAACCUGUGUGACGUCCAGUGGCGUCCCGGUGCAUGGCGGGCUUGCACGGUAGUCUGUGGGAGUGGCUUUCAGUCCCGCAGGGUGGACUGUGUUCACCGCAGGAGUGGCAGGACUCUGGCUGAGCAGCACUGUGCCUGGCUCCAACGGCCCUCCGCCUGGCAGCACUGCAACGCCACCAACUGUGGGAGUGAAUGCAAGGACACAACUCAGUACUGCAGCGUGGUGAAGAGGCUGAAGCUAUGCCACCUGGACAUGUACAAGCAGAGAUGCUGUGGGUCCUGUUCACAGGAUCCCGACUCCACCUAGUGGCAGAGAGCCGUUAUAACCACAAGGCAUUUUGUAAAAACAAAUGGACUACAUGAGACGGAUGAGCAAAAUACUGAAAGGACACCGUCUAUGAGUGGAAGCUUCAAAAUGCACAUAUUUAAACAGGAAAAGCUUCAGUCCAAUUAUUUCACUUCCUAAAAGGAACCUGAAUAGAGCCUUAAAGGCUAGAAGAAUAAAGGGGCUUUACUUUCUGAUUUUGGACCCAAACUUAACUCCUAAUAUGAAGACAAGUGUUCACUAUGUGGAUCAAAUGGAGUUUUUGGACUUUCCUUCAAAAAUGGAACAUUUACUUUAAAAAUGACAUUUAUUCAUUAUAUUCCUUUUUGGCAGCGCGGCCAAAAAGAAAUGUAACAAUGUUUAUUGUAGAACGCGUACCACUAAUCUCCUGUAAACAAGACUUUUAGAAUGAGGUACUGGUUUGCAGGUAUACAUUCGCCAGUCAUGUAAAUUGAGAUUCAUCGAAUCAGCAGCUACAUAAAUAGCCUACAAAUCUUGUAGUCCUACUUUUACAUACACAUACUCUUAACAUUUUCCUUUAUUUAUUUGUGUAAUUGUUCAAAACUAAAUUUUAUGAAAUUAUUCAUAUGAAAUAAAAUAAAUAAAAGCAAAAUUUGGGUUUAUUACAACUUUGGUCUAAUUUUCUUAGUUUUGACCAUAAUUUCUACUCUCCGAAUUGCUGAGAUCUGGCAACAGAGCAACAUUGCUCAGACAGCUUGUUGAACCACUUUAUUUUGAGGUAAAUAUAAAGGUGCUGACACACUAAGCCGACGGCCGACCGUUGACAGAAAAGUCAGUCGAGAUGAUCAGU